CCCGGCCCGGCUCCGCCCCCCGGGUAGGAACCUACAGCGGGCGCGGCGGCGGCGGCAGCGGGCUGCGCCGGCGGUGUAGACGCCGCUCGGUGGGGACCCGGACACCGGGACCGGCUCUGUGCCGCCCAGGGUGCUGAGUGUAGAUGCCUACAACAGGGCCAAUGUUGUGUUGCCUGAGAAGAAAAGGCCCAAAAGGAAGGAAGAGCCCCUGAGUCUUGCCCUCCUGACUGGCUCCGGACCAGAAGUCCAUACUGUGCGGAGAUGGUCAGCCAAUGAACGCAGAGUUUGCUGGAAGCCUCUCAUGCACUAAAAUGUGACAGGAUUGACCAGCCGCUUCUCUCUGCAUGUUAACGUCUUGUGCAGAAUGAUCCCUGGACCACCCAAGAACUGAAAGCAGUCACCUUUUGGAUCAUGCAUCUACAGUGGCUGCAUAGAAGCAAAGGUUAUUAAGCAGAUACCAGAAAUUAGCAGCUGAUUUUCCACCAGUGACAAGUGUGCUGAAAGAUGCCUCAGAAGAAUUCAGCAUGUGAAGCUUUCUGAAUUUUCAGCCAGCUGCUCUUAGAAAUGCAGAUAAGGAAAAUGAAGGAUAUGGGAGAACAGUUGUAUACUACACAAAUGAAUGGUGGACAUAACUCCUUGACCAUGUCACCCAAACAGCCCAAUUCUAGUAGAGCUACUCGACCAGACAGACAAGAAGCACAAAGCCUCCUGUACCAAGGCUCAGAGGCAGAGGCUGCCUUGAUGACCAUUGCCACGUGUGUAAAGUGCAAAAGUGUUCACAAAAUUCCUCUGCAAGAUCUGAAGAAAGACACUGGACAAAGCCAAAAGGAAGACAAAUACGUCUGUCUCAAAUGCAGCAUUCAUGUGUCUCCUCCUCCUUUUCAUUUCAUGAACAAUAAUACCAGUGCUGCUUAUGUUGGAAAUAAUACUGAAACCAUCUCAAGUCCCGUCAACAAAUUCAAGGUAAGGAACUUUAAGCCAGGCAAAUAUUACUGUGACAAAUGUCGCUUUUCUACAAAAGAUCCGCUGCAGUACAAAAAGCACACACUUCAACACGAGGAGAUUAAAUUCAUUUGUUCUCACUGCAGCUACAUUUCAUACACAAAAGGAGAGUUUCAGAGGCAUUUGGUGAAGCAUACAGGCAUCUUUCCUUAUCAGUGUGAGUACUGCGACUAUGGUGCUAUUAGAAAUGAUUACAUUGUGAAGCAUCGGAAGCGGGUGCACGAGAGGGCUGGCGCGAAACGGCCCCUUAAGACUGUGGGCAAGCUGGAGCCUAAAAGAAUCAGUGUUUCGAGACACAACGUGGAGCUUUUAAAGGCUCCCAGCCCCAGGACUACAUUUCAAAAUAAGUUGUCCGAUCAGCUUUCAAGGUUCUCCCUCCAAGGGAACAAAGAUAAAAUGCACAGCAUCAUGCUGUUGCCUGAAUCGAAGGAGUACCAAAAAGAUGUCGUGUGCAUUCCAAAUAAAAUGACCCUCUCUGAGCCUAGCGAGGUCAGUCUGUUUGAGCACAAAAGCGUCGAGGUAGAAGUGUUGUCCCCUGCCAAGGAACCCGUCCAGCCAGGCAUGCCAUUGACAGUGGUGGCCCCAUCAGAGCUCGUUGUCCCAGCCAACUGCUUAGCACAGUUAAUUGAUGUGAAGGUUGUCAACGGCACACAGCAGCUUGUUCUGAAAUUGUUUCCACUGGAAGAAAAUAAUCGCCUGGAAGCUGACCGGGGUGAUCGAAGUAGUUCUGAGCAGAUGACUAAAGAGAAGGGUUCAAAUGAACAAGAAAAAAUACUUAGUGCAGAGAAAACAAAGUCGCUAACCAUCGAAGGGAACGUUGGGAAACUUUUAGGCAUUGAUAGUCUCCAAUCUUCAGUUCAGAAGCAACUUAAAAAUGUGAAAUGGGUAAGGUCUUAUGAUUUUUUCAUGUCAAACUCUGGUGUGCGCAAUUAUAGAGAAUCCUUUUUCCAUUCUGAUGUGGUUGAGGAUUUGCAGAGGAAAAACAGUUUGUAUGCACACAGAACCACUUUUCCUUCUCUUGCCUUAAAAGCCCGUUCCCCACCAUCAGUGGUAAGAAACAGUGUUUUCUGUGGACUGGGACCUGCGGCAAACCCUUUCCCGUGUAAAGCAGCUGCUGCUUUUGCUGAAGAGGGAAGAAAUCGAUGCAGUGACUUGCAGCAGUCCUUCCCUCUUACUGCAUGGCCUGCAGCUAUUUCCUUUUCUGGAGAAAAUGGUGUAAUACCCUUAAGUGAAAAUGACUUUGAGCCUAGAAGUAACAUUAGUAUUCCUGUAAAAAUGGUUUCCUCUAGCAGAAAGCUGGAAGAUAACCAGACAGAACAAAGCAAGGUAGUUUCAAAUGUAGGUCAAAUUUCCUCUCCCCUUAGAAGUGAGUAUUUACACAUUAACAUAACUGGAGAAGAAAGGGCUAAGUCUUAUCAACCUGGGGAAAAGCCUGUAGAACUGAAGGAUUCGGAAAGGACUAAGGACACUUUCGAUGGCCCUGUCAUCUCCUCAGUAUUUUCUCUGAGCUCUGGAUCUGAAAAUGUGCCAGAGGGUAUUAAGUGGAAUAGUUCAACAUCAAAAAUAAAGUCAAUCGAGCUCUUGCGCAGAAAGAUAGCUCAGUUAAUGGAAUCGUGUGGGAAACCUUCCUCUUUGUCUACAAAUGGUGCACAUCGUCGGUCUGUAGAGCAGACAGCAAAGGUCACAUCAAAGGCAACAUCUGAGUGUAUUCAAGAAAUUAAUGUGUCGCUUUCUGGUCCCGGCCCUUCCAUGGGUCCUCUCCGGAAACCUCAGAAUGAAGUUGCUGUUAUUGGCAAAGGACAGCUGACACCUCAGGAGAUCUAUCCACAGUUCACUAAGGUCAGUGAUGGGAGAACUGAAAGCAGAGGGACCAGAAAGGCCCCUGUGGCUACUCCAGUGCUGAUCCCCAAGGGGGCUGUGUUGCGAGUUCUCAAUUCCUCGGAGGAUGCUCACAUCAUAGAGGCCACUUGUGAUGCGCCUGUUGCCAUUCCUUGCAGUGAAGCUCAGUUACCAAAACCAGUCCAGAUUCGUCCUGUGAAACAGUCAGACUCAGACACACAGCCUUUGAUGAGCGAAAGUGGCCCGAUAGACAUGUCCUGGAAUCUUGAGACAUCUCUGCGGCCUAAACCAAGAAGAGAGGAUGCCCUCUGUAGUAGCACCCCUAAGAAAACUGGCCCCAUGUAUGGGCAGCAUGGGAGGCUGCUCUCCAGAAGUCUUCCUGGGAGCAGGAGUAAAACCAAGCAGGUAAACUCAUCCAAGAAGAAGAGCAAGAUUCAGGCUGAAUCCAGCCGCUGCCUCAAGGAUCCUUCCAUUUUUCAGGUCGCAAGACAGCUUCGCCUGAUAGCGGUUAAACCCGACCAGUUGAUUAAAUGUCCCCGUCGGAACCAGCCAGUCAUCGUGCUGAAUCAUCCUGAUGUCGACUCACCGGAAGUGACUAACGUGAUGAAGGUCAUCAACAAGUACAAAGGCAAUGUCCUGAAAGUGGUUUUGUCAGAGAGGACUAGGUGCCAGCUGGGCAUCCGCCGGCACCACUUGCGACUCACCUACCAGAACACGGAGGAAGCCAGCCAGAUGAAGAGGCAGAUGAUGCUGAAGAUGAAACUGAAAAAGGUCCACAAAAACAACUACCAGGUAGUGGAUUCCUUGCCCGACGACUCAUCGCAGUGUAUAUUUAAGUGCUGGUUUUGUGGGCGGCUUUAUGAAGACCAGGAAGAGUGGAUGAGUCACGGCCAGCGGCAUUUGAUUGAGGCCACUAGAGAUUGGGAUGUUCUUUCUUCCAAGGGCAAAUGAGUAAAAGUGUGGCAUUUGAAGCAAGUUGUUUUUCAUUUGUUUGGGGUUUCCCCCUCCCAGAUUUAGCAGGAGAAAUCCAAAACCGUAGGAAGGAGGAUUAUUAAUUCUUCAGCAUCCCUGUAGGAAUAUCAAGAGCCCUUAGCCUGAGCUUGGGGCUGGACCGUAGGAGGUAUUACAAGCCCCUGGAAUUGUCACUGUGUCCACUUGUGUGGAUGUGGUUCUCUAGAGGAAGGAUGUGAGACUCAGCAGAUUUUCAGUGGGAUCGGAGACCUUUCUUUAGUGCCCAUGUUUCUGAGUAGAUACAAACCUUUCACCACCCAUUUAGAGGAGCAGAUUUAGAGCGCUUUAUAUGCGCUCCUCUACAUGCUACUGAAGAAUUAAGCCCAUGUUUUGGUGUGCACAUACACUUUGUUUUUGCUUUAACUCUUCUGGAAUAUCUGUUACAUAGUGGAAAUUACAUUUUCUACAUCAUUAUCUUAAAUUUGGUUGUAAAAACCAUCCUUUUCAAUCCCUCUCCAUCCUGCAAUACUCAUUGUCUUAAUGUAGCACUGAAUUUUCUCUUUCUUGGUGUUUUAAGAAAUGAUUCCAAGGAUUUGCCUGCAUUUACUACUUUAAAAAGUGUUUUUUAAAAACCACACAUUUUUCAAGUAUUUUGCUUUUGUGUUCUUCUAAAAAUCUUGUUACAAUUGGGCAGCAAAUGUGCCUUUAAAAAAAGUUACAGAGGGAAAAUAUCUAAAAGUCUCCUCUUUGCCUAUAACACUCCCACAACCAGGUUAAAUGAAAUGGUCAGUUUAAAAUGCGAAGGCAUAGGUUUCCUGUGACACAGAUAAACCCUCAGGAAGACAGCUGAGGGCAGGAUUGUCAAGCAGGCUGUGAAGAACCUAACCUGACUUAGUUUUCACCCAGGGACUCAUUCACAAACUGGGAGGGUGCGGCUAUUCUGGGUCCCCAGGGCCCGUCUACCCCUGCUUUGCCUGUUUUUCUGAACAAGUUCUACUGUGGGAUAGGACAGCUUUCCCAUCUCUUCUUGAUCUUUUCCUUCUGUGCCUUUCAGGUAUGGGGGAGACUUUCAACCUUACGAGGUUACUAGAAAUGGGCAGAAAUCCCCUACUGUCUUUGCAAAAGCAGACGCUACCCCUGGUUUCCAGUGUCAUAACAACCUGCCAGUGAUGUAGUGUGGCCAGUCACAGUUCCCUAGUGCUCGCCUUUUCCAGGGGGACUUCCGCUCCCCUCUCCAUCACUGACCACAGGACUUAAUGAUCUGCAAUGCAACUGUGUGCAUGCAAGCAGGUAGUGAGGCAGACACAACUCCAACCUGAAACUGAGUCCUCACUGGGCUAGGCAGCUGGGCAAUGGCCCUCAGACAGCAAGGUUGAAGGCAGAGGCACAGAUGGGCUGCUCCCCCAGGCUUCCCUACCCUUCUGGGGGUACCAAUUGAUACUGAGGAUAAGCGGGGAGGAGAGGGACUGGUGUACCUGAAAGCACCACUAGUGAUUUCUAACUAGCUCAAUAAUUAGUUGGAGAUGUUUUUGUUCUUUGUUUGGUUUUUCACAUGGGAAAGUCUUAGUUUAUCCUCUGAUGGGUGGGAUUAUACUCCUUUCAAGUUUGUUCUCAUCACAAAUACUUGACUUUUCUUGAGUGUAAGAUCGUUCAGUUGAUUGAUUUUAUUAAAACUUUACAUUUUUAUAUAUGUGUGUAUGUACACAUACAAGUAUUUUUUACCACAUGAAAAUUGCAAUAGCUAAUUUUCUGGUUUCCUAUUUUAUAAGUGAUAUGUGGGCUGGGAAAAUGUACAACAUUUUUAUAUUCCAGAAAUUAUUUAUUUUGGAAGUACAUUUUUAUAAUGGUUUGAUCUCACUUUUAGAUAAUGAAAGCACAGUAAGUGAUGGGAUCUCAUUUAUAUGAACAAACAGGAGUAGAAACCCCUGGGGUCAUUUUUGUCACAGCAUUCGGUCCUUGUACGUUUUUCUUUGGUGCUUUGCAGCUGGUAGGGUUUUACCACUGCUACGUGAGGAGCGUUCUGAAGUUUUAGCCGUGUUACAGACUUGUGCCCUCCCGCGUUCCAGAGGUCUAAGAUGUGUAGCAAAGAAGAAAAAACUGCGAAUUUGUUUUUCCUUCUAUAUAUCACCACUUAGCAGCUUUUUCUUGAAUGACUGGGCUGAGAGUUGGCCAGGUCAGAGUAUUUAGCAUGGGCUUGAAAUAUUUACACUUCACAGUAUCAGCUGUUGUUCAAGUAUUACUGAAACACAUCUUGAGUACUUACUCAAGAUGAAGUACUGAAUUUGUGAGUAGAAUAUGUAGCAAUCCUUCUGGUGAUUUUCAGAACUGUAACACUUUUUAAGGAGUUAAAAGAUAUUCUGGAGAAAAAUAGGGAAGCAGAAGAGGCUAUCUUCCCGAAAUAAAGAGCUUUAGAAAGUAGCUUGUUAACAUGUAGGCAAUGUCAUAAAGUGAACACAUUUCUAACAAAAUCCGAGGGCGUAGGGCAGAGCUGUUGAGUACUUGUGUACUCUGACCUUAAUUUUGAAGGAUCUCCGGUCACUACAUGUUGUUAGUAGUACUAAUAAAAUUAUUUUAAAUUUGUUUUCUAAAGUAGCUUUUCUUACUUUUGGGGGCCAGAAAUGAGACAACCUUGUUAUAUUUAUGACAUAGGCGAGUAAAACUUUUUAAAAGCUACUAAGUGUACUCAAUAGAUUAUAUUUUACUCAGAUUUUUUUUAUCCCCAGUCCAAAACAUUUUUGUGAGCCCCUCCUGUGGGCCAGGGGCUGUUUGAUGAUAAGCUGAACGCAGUGUAUUUACCCCUCUGAAGCUCCGGCCCCCUCUCUUUAGGACUUUGUAUCAUAAGCCAUCCCAGAAAAUGAAGACGCCACGCUGCUCGGCCUUUGGGAAACUUUAGAGUCUAUGAAUGUCUAUACGAGCAGGAAGCAAACCUCUGUAGAACAUGUUGACCGUUAUUAUAAUUCCUGUGUUGAAGUCUGUGUCUGCUGCUCUGGUUUGUACAUAGAUAGAAGUUGGAGUAAAUUUUGUUAAAUAAAGUAACUGUAAGUUUU